UUAAAACUUUCACGUGUGCGUGGAGUGAAUGUGCCGUGUAUCUCUUUCCUCUGCGGGCCUUAGCAACACUUUCAAUCUAGCGGCGCUGUGACGCGCAUGCGCGCGCUGGGUUGGGGACACCCCGGUCCCACGGAUGCGUGGGCCUCAUCGUCUAUCUCCGGCAAGGGGAGGGUGUGAGCGACGCGGGUGCAGGACCCGACGAGGUGGUGGAGAGUGUGCCAUCCUGGGCUUGGAGCCAGUGGCACCGGCUCCAGCACCGAUGCCGCCCCGACCAGUGUCCCAGGGAUAUAACUCCGGACCGAGGGCCGAGGAGACGGAGCGCUUCUCAAGUGGUGGCAGGAAAGCUAGUGUCCCCGCGCCGUUCCGGACAUGGGCGCUUCGGAUGAGGCGUGCUCCCGCGACCCCGAUGAAUUUCCUGAAUGCUUUUCCUCACUUCUCUUCCUCGGGCUCCGCGGGACCGGAGCGCUCCGGUGGCGCGCGGCCCCGGGUGCAACGCGAAGGGGGACGCGGAGAGGGGUGGCCAGUGCGGGAUCUCCUCGAACGCCACCUGCGAGGGGCGGACGCGGGCCCAAUUCAGCAGCACGAGGACGGGAGCGCGUGGUGUGAGCAGCUGGAGCACACCCUGGGCGCCAGCGGCCGGGCUUCAACGGGAGAACUAGACUGGAAAGUGGCUGCCCAAUGCGUUGUGCACCAGAUGAGCGGAUAAUUGAAGAAAGGAACUAACUGGAGAAGGCACGCUCUCUGACCCAUGUGAGGUUCAGUUUUUCCGAAUUGAAUCCAGUUUGGAGUAUUUUUUAAUGGAGAGAAAAAAAGUUACAGGUGUAGAAACUCAAUUUAGGAGGAAAAUUAUUAUACUUUUAUAUACUAGCUUUAAUAUUCUCGUGUAGAAAAUCAAUUUUAGAUUAAAGUGUAGUUUUAAUGAAUCAGUUUGAAGAGUUUUUUUUAAAGACUAGAAUUAGUGGUAUGAGGUACCAUGAUGGAAGCUCAACAUUUAAGAUUUCUUCACUAGUUAAAUGUAUUACUAAUUCUGCAUCUCUGAUUUUUUUUGACAAAAUUUAACCCAUCAUGGAAGAGGUAGGGGAACCUUGUGAGCUCCUUUCAAGUAUGGACUCACUUCCUUGCUGCAUGUCCUUAGGUAAAAUAAGCACUUGGAAAUAGGAGGUUUCUCAUGGAUGAUAAUGACAUGAAGGAAAGAAGAGCUAAUCUGCCUUCUUUGGGUUUAAUGGAGAAAAUGGGUCCAUAAAUGUUUAAACAGAACAAGAGCCCUUUGAAAUAGAUCAAAAUGUGACAUCUCUAGGCCAUCUGUGCAUUAUGUGAAGAGUGCAGAAGACUGUUUCUUAAACCAGCUCUAAAAUUUCUCUCAUUUUCUAUUAAUGGGGUGGGGGCAGGGACUAUUCAUUUAAUGUAUCAGUCACUUCUUGUACAGAGCCUUACCUCAAGAAGAAAAUACGCUGACUUUUAUGUGCAUCUUUAGAUAAACAUGGAGUGGACAUAAUGGGCCUAUGAAUUUACUGUGAUGCAGAUACCAAGUUUACUAAGGUGGAGAUGAGUCCAAAAUCUACUCAUAUUUAAGAAUUAGACUUGCAAUUGCCAGUGUUAUUUGUGUUCAAUUCUUUGUAAAUAACUCAGGGUAUUAAUAUUUCUCAGGAUUUGGCUGACACUCUAAAAUUUAUCUUGGACUCUCUAAGCCAAAGGAAAACAUGUUUUAGGAAUAUUAACUAGUAGUCAUGUUCAGUGUCUAAUUAUUUAUUUAUUUUUAACCAGGUGAGUCUGAACAGAUCGGUGAAGAUGGAAAAGAAGAUCUUGUGGGAGACAAUUUUGCUACAGGGAUGAGCCUUGGCCAUGUAAAAGUGCUUACAGUGCAGGUAGCUUUUUGAGAUCUACUGCAAUGCAAGCACUUCUUACAUUACCAUGGUGAUUUAAUCAAUGCUAUUGAGAACUGUAGUUUGUGCAUAAUUAAGUUGUUGAUGCUUCUGAGCUGUUAUUCAUAAUGUGUCUCUUGUGUUAAGGUGCAUCUAGUGCAGUUAGUGAAGCAGCUUAGAAUCUACUGCCCUAAAUGCCCCUUCUGGCACAGGCUGCCUAAUAUACAGCAUUAAAAGUAUGCCUUGAGUAAUCAUUUGAAUAGAACAAGUUUCAAAGGUUUGAUAUUUCAUUGUUUGUUGGGAGCAGAUGUCGGGGACUAUGUGCAGUUGCGUACCAAGGAUAAGAUCCUAGUAGUACCAAAGUGCUCAUAGUGCAGGUAGUUUUGGCAUUACUCUACUGUAGUGUGGGCACUUCCAGUACUCUAGGAUGAUGAAUCUCUUUUCAAUGGAGAGAAUAUUCAAAGACACUGCUACUUACGGUUAGUUUUGCAGGUUUGCAUUUCAGCGUAUAUAUGUAUAUAUGGCUGUGCAAAUCCAUGCAAAACUGAUUGUGAUAAUGUGUGCUGUCUACGGUUUUGAGACUGCUUUCCGACUGUCUUCACGUGCAUCUCCAGCAUUCGCACCCAUUCAUCCAUGGGUGGGGAUUUGUUGCAUUACUUGUAUUAUUCAUAAAGUAUUGCACUUGUCCCGGCCUGUGGAAGAAAAGAGGAUUUUAUCUUCUUAUUUUAAUUUUUGAAAGCUGUAAGAUCAGACAUUGUAAAAUGACAUGUUUUGCUGUUGUCGGGUGGAUCACGAUGCAAUUUUGAUUAGUAUAAUAGGAGAAAAAUUGCACGGUAUCCAUCUGUAAACCGCAGGACCUUUCUUGACGGCAGUCCUUAUCAGUACUAAAGUAAGAUGGUACGGUCUUUAGUCACUGCUAUUAAAAAUGUUUUUGAAAUGUAGGAAUUUUUAAAACGAUAAAAAUUUUAAAUAAAAUUGAAAGCAUGAAGUGUGUUACGUGAAUGAUCAGAUUGUUAAUUCAUGUAAAUGGACCUCAAUUUUGCAAAAUAAAUGAAAUUUUUGAUCUGAAAAAAA